GUCAUUGUUUUUAUCUAUUUUUUUUAAUGAUUUUUAAUUAUCAAAAAUUAUUUUACACAUUUAUUUUAUUAUUACAAUAUGUCUACUUCUUUUUUUAAAAAAUAUUUUUUCAAAAAUUAAAAAUAUUAAAAGUAUUGUUUAAAAAAAUGGGGGAGUCAUGCCUUACACAUGAAAUAAGAAGUGGAGUGGAAUGGUCAUGGCAUUUGCUAUUGGCAUGCUCUUAUCUAGUACUUGUCGCUCGAGCUAAUCUUUGAAAGGCUUCUCGUCCGGAAAUCAGGCAGAAUGGCAGCUUCUUUGUCGUCAACAAGCCUCCAUCUCUGCGGAAAUGGGAGAAAGUUCUCAUCUCUUAAGCCUUCUUUCGAUCUUCCUUCGAACCCAGGCAACUACUCUCUCCCCUUCCUCCAUAGUCGCCGGAAGCGUACUUCUUUUACUUCCUCUUCCAGGACUCUCACUGUGGUCGGCAUGGCUCCACCCAAAACACCCGGCGGAAAACCUAAGAAAGUUACCGGAGUGGUGAAGCUGGCUCUGGAGGCGGGGAAGGCUACGCCCGCUCCACCUGUUGGACCGGCGUUGGGUUCUAAGGGUGUCAACAUUAUGGCUUUCUGUAAGGACUACAAUGCUAGGACUGCUGAUAAAGCUGGUUAUGUCAUUCCUGUUGAAGUCACCAUCUAUGACGACAGAAGCUUCACUUUUAUCUUGAAGACACCACCUGCUUCUGUUUUGUUACUUAAGGCGGCAGGAGCGGAUAAAGGUUCCAACGAGCCCAAGAAGGUGAAAGUUGGGAAAAUUACCAUUGAUCAGUUGAGAGGUAUUGCUCAAGAAAAGUUGCCUGACCUGAACUGUUCAAGCAUUGAGUCAGCAAUGAGGAUUAUCGCCGGCACUGCAGCUAAUAUGGGCAUCGAUGUUGACCCGCCCAUUCUUCAACCCAAGGAGAAAGUAGCAUUGUGAAUCUUUUAGUUUUUUGAGUUUCUGUUUCCUUUUAAUUUGACCUUGGCCUUUGUCCAUCACACUCGCAUGUACUACUACAUGGGGAAGUAUGCCCCAUUCAGAAGAAGGCCUAAACCUAUUCAUUUUCUCUUACCACCAUCGUUUCCUUGUUGAUAUUCUUAUGUUUAUCAUAUGUUAGACAUUUUGUUCCUAUGGUUUUUCCUUUUCUGAAGUAAGUCUGUUUGACAUUUCUUGGCAAAAUUUCAUGAACUUUAACUAAACAUUGUUUGAAAAU